GGACCCCCGCCCCUCCUCAUGACAUCACCGCUGGACAAAGCGGCAAGGAGUGGUUUCACAGAGACGAUCCAAAACCAAACGAUAGGAAAUAAAGAGUGGUACAUUGUGGCAGAUAAGUAGACAACCGGAGUAGUUGCACACUUUAGAUCCCAUUUUGGAUAUCCCGGCUGUUGGGUGUGUUGAGAGUGACACGUUGCUGGGAAGGAACUGUUCCCCAAAAUAAGAUCAACCGCAAGUAUCACUGCCGCUGGAUGGUUGCUGAUCCUAAACUUUUGCUCCUCUAUCAUGCUCUGCAUCUGAGGACCCACAAGGCCCGCGGCUCCCAGUCUCCCUUACGGACCAUGCUGUCCCUCCUGCUGCUCUCCCUGCUGGUGGUCCAGUCUCGGGCCAUGCAGGUGCACGUGCCCGAGCUGCCGGUGGUCGCCCUGCAGGGCCACGACACCGUCCUCAACUGCACCUUCAGCGGCACGGCGCCCUUCUCCCCCUCCGACAUCAGCGUGUUCUGGCAGCUGACGGACACCAAGCGCAGCGUGCACGGCUACUGGGACGGCCGGGACCAGCUGGUGGACCAGGCCGAGGCCUUCUCCGGCCGCACCGCCCUGUCCCCCGACCGGCUGCGCCACGGCGACGCCUCGCUGCUCCUGCGGCGGGUGGAGGUGGCGGACGAGGGCAGCUACACCUGCUUUGUCAGGGUGCAGAACUACAGCAGCUCCGCCCUGCUGCUGCAGGUGGCCGCCGCAUAUUCCAACCCAGCAGUGACCCUGCCCCCGGACUCGAACCUGCGGCCAGGCGACGAGAUGGACCUGAGCUGCGUGUCGUACGGCGGCUACCCGGAGGCCGAGGUGCUGUGGCAGGACGGGGGCGGACGCAACCUGACGGACAACGUCACCAGCUCGCUGGUGGCCAAUGAGGACGGGCUGUUCAGCGUCCACAGCGUGCUGAGCAUCAUCCUGGUGCCCAACAGCACCUACACCUGCCGCCUCAACAACCCGGUGCUGGGGGACCAAGGGCACAUGUCGGUCACCAUCACUGGUCAGAAUAUGGCGUUCCCCCCGGUUGCUUUGUGGGUGACGGUGGGUCUGGCCGUCUGUCUGCUGGCGCUGCUCAUCGCUCUGGCCGCCGUCUGCCGACGGAAGAUCAAAGAGAGCUGUGAGGAGGCCAGGAGAGAAGCUGAGGAGUCCAAGGAGCUAGAAGAGGAGGGGUCAAAGACAGCCAUGAUGCCUCUGAAAAGCGAAAGUCCACCGAGCUAAGGAUGUGGUCCAAGAGGACAGGAAGCAGAUGAGUCUGGAGACUAAUCCCUCCCAUCCUGUCAAUCCCCUUGGACACCGUCUCCCCCCCCGGUCUCUCCCACCAUGUCAAAGCCUCGCUGGGCCGGAGAGACUCCAUCAUGGUAUCGCCGUCAGAGACUUACCCCCUGGAUUCCCAAAACACAACACAGAAUUUGUACAAUCAUUUUAUAAUUUGUCGUAGUAGUAUUACAUCCCUCCCCCUGUCCGUCGAUCGAUCAAUGUGCGCCGCCUCCCCGAAACAAACAGGGAGGUCAAACGUCUUGUGUGCGACGCAACGCACCAAAGACAAACUCUUUGGAUCUGGAUUCAAACUGGAUCGGGCGGGCACUACUUCUUGCCUCCCCGGUUCAGACAUGGCUCUCUGUAAGUGUGUGAUGUGGCAUGUGCUUGACUUCCCCCUGCUUAAUAGGAAACGAGGAGCAUGAAGGAUGAUGACCCGGGCCUUGGCGGCCGUCACGAACGUCUCCGCCGGUAACGGAGCGCUUCUCCGCCAUUACUCCCGCGGCGGCUAAUUAGCUUCUGUCGCCCAAGUAACUUGAAGCUGUCAGUGUGCGCCUUCGCCCACCGUGCUCGAUAACUUGAGGGAAUUAGUGUAGGACUGCCGGCAGACCGCUAGCGAAAUUGCGAAUGUUGCAUGAGAUGCGUGUCUUUCUCCACUGAGCUGCCAGCGCUGUGUGUAAGAAGUGUUGUUUGGUUAUGUGUCCACGUUGGGAUGUUUUUAUCAACUUAGAGGUUGUUGUUAUGCGUCAUGUUAGUAACUUGUGGCAACCCGCCACGCUGAGCGCACCAACUCCUCCCAAACAGGACAGCUUUUCGUUGGUUAAAGCCACAAAAAGGCAUAUUUAAUUACAGAACAUAAAAGUCUCUCCAAAACACAAAUAACGUAAACGUUGAGGAAUCCACGGUCCCCUCCUUCGUGGGUGGAAUCCCGUCACCCACGAGGACCGGUCUCUCCUUCGUGGAGCUCCAAGGCUGGGAGAGCCCCGAAUGAGUGGAGAAGCAGGCUAUUUAAGCCCUGCUUCUCCACUUGUUCCUCAGGUGCUCCCAAUAUCCUUAAUUGGCCUCGGCCGGGUUGCCACACUCCUCCACCCUUUGCUGAAGCCUCGGGUGGCCUUUCGGAGGUGGCAGCGGUCCGGCGCGCAGCAUGGCUGCUUCUGCUGCCGGCGUGGCUCGUCUCGCGGCCUAGUCUCCCGCAGUCUCGUCUCCCGCGACCUCGUCUCCCGCGGCCUCGUCUCCCGCGGCCUCGUCUCCCGCGGCCUCGUCUCCCGCAGCCUCGUCUCGGGCUGCGUCGUCUCUGGCGGCGUCGUCUCUGGCGGCGUGUCGUCUCUGGCGGCAUCGUCUCUGGCGGCGUCGUCUCUGUUGCGUCGACUCCGGCUGCGUCGGCCCCGGCUGCGUCGGCCCCGGCUGCGUCGGCUCCGGUUUGGGGGUGGCUUGAGGUGGGCGCUCCCACCCAAAAUGGCCCGUAGCUGGGUCGAGUUGCCCGCAUUCUCCACCAUAGGUGGCAACCCGCCACGCUGAGCGCACCAACUCCUCCCAAACAGGACAGCUUUUCGUUGGUUAAAGCCACAAAAAGGCAUAUUUAAUUACAGAACAUAAAAGUCUCUCCAAAACACAAAUAACGUAAACGUUGAGGAAUCCACGGUCCCCUCCUUCGUGGGUGGAAUCCCGUCACCCACGAGGACCGGUCUCUCCUUCGUGGAGCUCCAAGGCUGGGAGAGCCCCGAAUGAGUGGAGAAGCAGGCUAUUUAAGCCCUGCUUCUCCACUUGUUCCUCAGGUGCUCCCAAUAUCCUUAAUUGGCCUCGGCCGGGUUGCCACAAACUGAACAAUGCCAAGUGCCUAAACGUCAUGUACAUGUCAAAGACUGUUAUUAUUUCUCUAAAAUAAUAGUGCCUAUUUGCAUUAAAAAGACAAGGUAACACCGCCUGGUCCUUCCUCAUUUGAUGUGCCAUUUCCACGGCACACUUUGUUUUUACACUCUGGCAAGCUCCACUUAGUCACACAGGAUUUGUUGUUUGUGACGAAACAUCAAAUUAUGGUCAGAAUAAUAAAAGAAGAACAAAAAUAUUUCAUUUUCCAUGCAAAUGAAGCGAGGAGUGUUUCACGGCCCCUAGUUAUGCUGUUGCAGUUCUGCCGAGACGCGGUCAACCGAAGCAACUUACUCCUUAAGAAUAAUGGAAAGUUUCUCUAUGUUUGUUUCCGUUGCACAGGAUAUCGCUGCCUUCCACGCCACACGCGCGUGCGUGCACACACACACACACACACACACACACACACACACACACACACACACACACACACACACACACACACACACACACACACACACACACACACCUCCUCCCCCUUCCCUCCCCCUCCACCUCUUCCCCCCUAAGCUGGGUGAUUGGAGGGCUGUUGAUCAAACCUCAGUCUGAGCCGUCAGCCCUCUCAGAUGUCGGCGUACAGUAGCCCUUGACCUUGCUGUGUGUCCUCGUGGCCCAGACACCCGCUUGAAAUUAAAUUACAGAUUAGUGGCUCCGGGCCCAAAGAGAAGGCUUUAUUCAGUUGGCCCCAUCUCUGCGUGUCCACCAUCUCCUCAUUCAGAAGCUCGGAGGGAGAAAUGUCAUGGGUUUUAAGGAAGGAAGUCUGGAUCCCCUUCUUAUGACUUCAAAGCAUAUCUGUGCCAAAAGUCAGCCAGAAAUCGAGAUGUGUGUCAAGACGGGAAAUGGUGAAGCGGUGGUUCAAGGGACAGGUUGGUAUGAGGUAUUAGGGGGAGUUAGGAGAAAUGGAUUCUUGGUAUUAAAACCACGAUAAUAUAUUUCAUACCGAGACAAAAAUAGUUGCUAGCUUGUCAUUUCGUUAAACAUUAACUGCCGCAAAACUUAAGCUUCUUACCCUUUCAGGAUACAAUUUCCCUCCUGUGUUGAUUAAUUAGGAUCAAAAUAGAUCAUAGUCACAUUUUUUAUUUAAUUGCACAGUUGCCAGACAGAGCGAGCACCUUGACAGCAAAACUAAUUCUCCUUCCCUCUUAAGGGGGUUGCCGUAUGCACAUACAAAGCAUAUGAAGACAGAUGCAGUCGCACAACAUUGUGACACAUUGUAUCCCUAGAAAUCCAUAUCCUUAGUGUGGCUCAUUUAAAAGAUAUAUUGGGAAAAAUAAAUACAGAAAAAGGCACACCAAAAAAUAUGAUUCUCGGUACAUCUCCGUUAAGCGUCAAGCGUCACGUUUAGUGUCUGUCGGAUCUUCUUUGCUUGUGUUUCAUUUCAACAAUAAUCGCUUUGUCUAAAUAUCUUCAAGAGAACAGUUGGUCCUAAGAUUAAACCAAAAUCCUCCUCUGAAUCAUGUUACGGAGUACAAAAACAGCCCUUCCUUAGAACCACGCGCCGACUCUACUGGACAUGAGUAGUUGGCACCGGGAAGUAAAACUGAGAACUACGGAUGGAUGUUUUUCUUUUGACGAGGGGAAAUGCCAACUAAUAGAAAUGAAUAAAAGCGGACUCGAGCACUAAGCAGUAAAGAGGACUCAAGCACUAAGCAGUAAAGCUGCAGACCAAAUGUUUCAUGGCCAGCUGUGGGUAUAUACACAUGGAUUACAGUGAAGCAUGCGUGCUGAAUGGCGACAGUGUCUCUAUCUCGGGUCCCAUUGUAAGUCACACCGAGAUACAUAUCCCAUCCCUACACUGCCAUCAACAGCCAUUUUGUCAGAAGAAAAACAUCUCACAGGUUCAAUAGCCACCUAUAGGAGAGCGGUUUUGUUGGCAGGCUGUUUUGGAUACCCCUUGCAACAUUUGCUUUUGUUAUGAUUUUUUAAUGAAAACUGUCUCCCUGUACAAUGGCCGAUGCUAGCAGGAAGGUAGUCAUUGGACUGAAGUAGAACAUAAUAGCUUCUCAGAUUGUCGUCUUGGCAUUUAUACCAAUAUGAUUAUGAAGUUGAAACCCUAGGUACAUGUAUCUAGAGAAACACAAGUUUACGAAUGACACCUUAUCGUUCCCGUAGCAAAGUUGUCGCGGAAACUUUGCCAGACAAAACUGGCAGCGACGCUUUAAAAACUCCAACCUUUGGCUUUGCCAAGGGAAAAUAAAUAAAUUACAACUAAAUCCACAUCACUAACUCAGCUUGGCACUGUAGUUGUACUCAGUUCUAUUGGCUGCAGAUAGAGUACCGUGGCAAUGACGUUCCUUCUGCACCAACUCCAAUUGAUUAGAAAACAUCCAGCAGUAUACAGUUUGGCAUGGGCCGUUUUUAAGAGCUGUCUUUCAGCCACGAGGCCUACUUAGAGGAUAACAAGCACAAAGUAUAUCAAUUAUUUGCUGAACCUUAACCCGAUAAAUAUCUCUGCAUAUAUAAUCAGUGCAGCAAACAAUAGCAGACAUUUGUAGUCACAUGAAAACAGUGGUUGUCUAUGAUGUAUGUUAUGGUGAGGUGAAUGGUUCAGUCCAGCUCAAGUGGUCGAGCAAGGCAUUCCAACUCCGCGGAGGGUGGAGGUUGACUCCCACACGGAUCACCCAUGUUAAUAAGGGAUUUGAUUUGGAUUGAUUUCAAUGUAAAGGUAAUUGGCAUAAGCGUUGUCAAAAUGGCCUCUAAUUAUAUUGUUACAUUUUAUAUAAUAGAAUGAUUAAGUGCAAAGAAGUAUUUAAUAAGUAGCAAAUGUAUUUGCUCAUUUUUUUUUCUGCACAUUAUAUGGUCUUAUAUAGGCUUGCCUACCUUGAGGGAACCAAACUAAUGAGGCCGUUUGAAUAAUAUUUAUCUGAGAUUAUGUGAUAGCAGUUCAUUGUACUCUGUGAUGCAUUCUACUAUUCAUUUCACAUUUAAUAUGUACUGAAUGUGUAAUUACUCCCUGAACUAUUCAGGUUAUGAUUACACAGCCAAUACACUUUGAAAAUUUCACAUGAAAACAUCUGUUUGGGUUUCUUCUAAAAAUAUUGAUCGCACUCUUCUUGCAUUAGAAAUCGAUUGUCUUGUUUUGUCUUCCACACUGAAAGCCUGCCUGUCUAAACACAUGGAUAGUCACACUCUUUAGGAGUGCUCUGGCUGGAACCAUUGCAUUUCAAUACACUUCAUUUAAUAAUACUUUAUUCGUUCUCACGCGUGUUUGGUUUGUCCUGACAGAAGAGCAUUUUCCUGUACGGGCAUCAAACUUUAAUUCAUGUCCCUGCAUCACAUUAGAGCAGUGUUGAAUAACUAUCUUCUGUUCAAUGUCAACAUUAACUAUUCACAUGGCAUAUGGAGAGGAUAGAAUACUGUCAGUAAAUAAGACAUGUGAUACGAUUAUAAUUAGUUCUAUAUGUCAUAUAUAAUUAAGUAGUACUCGUAUGUUUCAAGUUUCAGUCGUCAGUUUUCUACAACAUGUAUAGUGGCUGAUUUGAUUCAAAUUGUUCUCGAGGAAAAGAUUGCAUUCAUUGAUGUAAACGAUAUAACAGCCCAUCUCAUUGUUGUUUCAAAGAUAAAAUUUCAGAUAUCAGUCAUUCUACUGUGUGUUAAAAGAUAACAAUGCAGUACACUACCAUGAAAUACACUCUGGCCAACCUCUUGCUUUCAAGCAACAGGUAAUAGAAAAAAACACAACACUUUCUCAGGUUUCUAUAUUGUAGCACUUAAAGCAUCUUGCCUAUUUGAUGAAUUUUAUGUAUGUCGUUUUGAAUAGAAUAGCCUAAAGAAUGUCAUGUAACGUCAAAUGACUUUCCACCCACAGGUUGACAGUGCAAAGAGCACAGAUCAAAUUAUUCUAGAACGAUCUAUACAGACCAUAAUAGUGGUGCCUGGUGAUUUUAUAUAUUUCUCUUCACUAUUUAUGUUUACCGAAUAACGUUUUUUUUUCACAUGGUAUCUUAUUUUUUUCCCCAAAAUUGGAGGAGGACUAAUACAUUUUUGACUGCUCAAACUAUAUUUAUUCAGAAUAACAUCGAGAACACCAUCAAUCAAGUACUUUUGAAUAGUGGAAUACAUUUGAUCAAACAAAUCUAAAAUCUAUUCCCCAUGGACUUCGAUUGAGCAGAUGCUGUAAAAACAAAUGUAAGCCACCAGGUUGGGUGAAUGAUAAACUGUGGCAAUGGACUGGAUUUAAUUGUCCCUGAUGAAGUGUGUAUUUCUGAGAGGGAAACAAAUAAUAAAACAUUUAUUUUGCCAAAACCCAUUAAGAAGAAGCGUUGUAAGUAAAUCACUGGACCAACCUGUAAAAAAACAACAGACACAACCGGGCUUAUUUUAGAAACUCAAUUGUCUGCUUUGUCAGGCUCAUUCAGUUCUGCUGAGUUAGUCUGUCCCUAAUUAAAGUGUUCCGCUCUACAGAGUCCUGGGUCGACCCUGAGCCUGCACAAAGUGUUUGAUUCCUCCAUCCAUCACAUCUACUGUAAUUACUUUUGUUUACAGUGGAGGAAGCGGCAGCUGUCUGAUUAGACGUUAUUGAGGAGAUAACUCAUGGGCGGAUCCAGAAAGGGGCCCGGGCCCUUGAUGCAGAUGAAGCUCCUCCUCUCUGGGCUUUGAGGGGCCCCGUCCAUGGGCUGUGUUCCUGGAGAGAGAGACACUGACGAAUGACUGCAGGGGUGUGAAUGCCCCCAAAACAUUUGCCUCGGGGGCAGAGCGUCGUUGCGCUCGCGACUGCUGCCCGCCCUCUCCCCACUGUGGUGGGUUUCUCUCUCCUGCCACAGAAAUAAAAUAAUAAACUGUAAAGUUAACAAAAAGCAAUUAGCCGGGCUUAUUUUCCCAAUCGUUUUCUCAUUAGUAUCAGGCGUGUUUUAUUUGCGUUAUUAAUUUUGGUCAUUAUUAUUCUUCGUUCUAAUUCAAAGUGUUUUACUGUUUGUUUGUAUUGAUAUGAUGCAAGGAAGGGUAAGACUAUUUCAAUAAUAAUAUACGUGUUUUACUCCCGAGCAUCUUUACAAGCAAACCCUCCCAUAAAACGCGCCCACACCAAGGCGCUGAGCAACAUCUAGAUUAUGUAUCCUAAUAUAUCAUAAUUAUAUAUAAUUCAUAGAGUUGGAGAUAUAAUAUAUCAGUUCAACACCUGCCAUUGUAUUAUCAAUACGGUGAAUGGAAAAAGCCAAUAAUUAUAUGGAAAUAUGACUCUGGGGUUUAGGAGGAGUAUUGGAUAUAUAUAUUACACUAUUGAAAAUGUAUGAAGUAUGUGUUAGAUCGGCAGAAAAACACAUUAAAUAUUGACGCAUGUUAAAAUAGAGCAAUCCAUCCAAAGGGGAUUUCAUCGCUGAGUGUUUGGUCAGGCAGAUCUCUCGGUGAUCGUUCUCUUUUCAGAUGUAUUCCUUCUCAGUUCCCAGGAUAUGAUGUAUCUUUUGUUCUAUAAACUUGAGCAAUUACGUCCUAAACUAUCAGAACCACUUCUCGUCCAUGUAGGUCUCUAAAAGUUUUGUCCGAUAAGAAUUAACCCAAAGUUCAGGUCGCUGUUCACUGAAUGUUAGGGAAAUAUAAUAACAAUACUCUGGCAGUUUCUCUACUCACCGGCCAUACCUAGAAACCUAGACUAACAGUGACACAAGGAAUAUAGUUGGGCAGCUUUGCUAGAAAUUAUAUAAGGAUUGUGCUUUUUAUGCUAAAAGCGUCAAAUUUGGUACACAGCCAAAGACAUAUAGAACAAUAUUAGAUGUGGAGGCACGACAAAUUUUCAAUAUGCCGUCCGUUUUCAAGGUGGCCGCCAGUUACCGCCUGUUUUGCGAUUAAAUUUCACAUUAACAAUGGAUAAUAGGUGAUAGAAACAUGAAAUUUGGUAAAAUUAUAGCCAGAGAAAUGGGGAACAUAGAGGGAUCAUCAAGACUUUUGAAUAUGGUGGCCAUUUUUCAAAAUGGCCACCAGUGACAACUGUUUUUAGAUAAAAUGUCAUAUUAACAAUGGAUAAUAAGAGAUAGAAGCAUCAAAUUUGGUAGUUAUAUGCUCAAAGACGUGGACCUGUCAUACAUUUUUUAUAUGGUGACCAUUUUGCAAAAUGGAUGCCAGUGACAACUCUUUUUAGAUUAUUAUUUUUUUUUUUCAUAAUAAUGAAGGACAUAAAUGAUAUGAGGAUAUAUGUUGGAUUUAUCUACUAAGGAUAGCGCUUGGGAACCUUCAUUUGAAUUACUCCUUUUUCAAUAUGGUGGCAAAGAUGGCAGCCAACUACCAAAAAUUGUCAAGAUGGCGGGGAUGCCUGGUCGCCUAGGAAAACAGUGCUUUCAAUACAAUUGCAUUCAUCUUAAUUGGAUAUCAGUUAGGGUUAGAGUUAGGGUAGUCUGUGUAGAUUUGUGUACAUUCACAUUUCCACAAAAUAAAAUUGUCCUAAAUAUAUGGAUGUCAAAGCAUAACCAGGGCACACUGGUGACACCACU